AUGGCCGCCUCAAUCAAGGUCGUGACAUUUGACGCCAAGGCCGACGCUCUGGCUGUGGCCGCCUAUUUUGCUCCGCAGAUCAAGGUACAUCCUGAAGCAUUUGCCUCCCAGAGUCCCAACGUUCUCGUCCUUACCGGCCGCACUGAAUCCAAAGUGCAAGAAUGCAUCUCCAAGAUGUCGGCACGAUAUCCUGUCGUAAAGUAUAUUUAUCUCCAGCUCGACCUGUCCAGCCUCGCGGGCGCCCGAUCGGCGGCCAAGUCGCUUAUGGCUAACGCAGAAGUCCCCUAUAUCGAUAUAUUGGUGAACAACGCAGAGCUCGGAGACGGUCAAAUUCUCCCCGGACGGAUUUGA